AACCAGCUGUCAGGGAACCUGCUGAGGAAGUUCAAGAACAGCAACGGCUGGCAGAAGCUCUGGGUGGUCUUCACCAACUUCAGAUGAAUACCCUCUGGCCAGCCUCCCUCUCCUGGGCUACUCUGUCACCGUCCCAGCCGAGUCCGAGAACAUUCACAAAGAUUACGUAUUUAAGCUUCACUUUAAAUCCCACGUGUACUACUUCAGAUCAGAGAGCGAGUACACCUUUGAGAGGUGGAUGGAGGUGAUCCGCAGCGCCACCUGCUCCUCCAGCCGUGCCCUGCCGAGCACYAGGAAAGAUCUUUACUGAUCAGUCCGCCUUCCUCAUUUCUCCUCCUCUCCCUCCUGCGGCCUUCCACUCGCCUUACGGAAGAUAAAAACAUUGUUUUUAACAGACACUGAAUCAUUUUGCACACACAGAACACUCAUCAGUAGCUUUUCUUUUGUUCAUGAAGACACGUCACCUUGUUUCRACUUUCCUAACUCACGUUCUCAUCACUGCUUCUGAAGUCGUCAGCAAUAUUUUUAACUUUUUCUGUGCCAAACUGGAAGGCGCCGGCAGAGCUGCUCAUGUGCACACGUCAUGGUUACGAGGAUGUGAGGAUUAAAUGUUUUCUGAACGUGACCAAGAGGAAGUGAAAUAGCGAAUUGUCAGCAUGUGAUCACGGAUUGUGGAUAUUUAGAUUUGGGACACAAUUUAAACCUUUUUCUUUUUAUAAACUUGAUGUUUUUGUACAGUAUUUUGAAACACUGUGAAAAUUCUUCUUUGUCUCAUUUUGUUUUGUCUAAGAGAGCAAACUGAAAUAAAAAAAAAUAACACUUCACAUCUGCUUCCAACGCCAACAGAGAUUUCGAUGGUUUGUCACCAAUUUCUCAUUCAAAAAAACUGUCAAUCUGAAAAUAAACAGUCAUUUUGUAUA